CCCGUACGGUCACGUGGUGCAGACCUGCUCAACACUUCUCUCUCGGUUGGUUAGUUUUUGUCUGGUUCAUUUUCGAGAUGGCACUGGAGCCUAGUGCCAACCUAAACAUAGUGAGCGUUGGCCUGUCACUCAAUGACACAACUGAAGUGGCCAGAGGCACCAUCGACGAGUGUAAGGUGUUUAAUAUCUUCAUGCUCUCUCUGGUCCUGUGUGUCCUCACUGUAACCACCAUCCUGUACUGCGUUUCCUACUUCAACCACAGCAGGAGGCAGAAGCGAGCGGGCGCUUACGAGGCCGCGGCGGCGUGUGACCCGGAGGACGCGCCGGUGGACCUGAAGUCCGUACGAAGGUCACAAAGUGUCUGUAACCCACCAAACGACGACUCCUCCAUCUACUACAUCUACAGCAAUCCACUUCCUGAGGGAUGCCAUGAGGACGAGGGCUGCUGUACACACGCUAUACACUCCACACUAACACUGAACCCCCCUCAGAGUGGAACAGUCCCGGAGUCACCCACAUUCCACAUGCAGCUGUAGAGACUGGGCCGUACCAACCUAAAGACACCAGGGGGGUGGCGUGGACGGGUAGAAAUGUGGGUGGUUGGUUCCAGAUAAAAUAAAGCAUGCUUAUCGUUAA